CCGCCCGGGUGCCCCGCGGCCGCGAGGAUCCGGGCCGCUCUCCCGGGCGGGUCCGCGCCGCUCUCCCGGGCGAGCUCCCCAGGCUUCGGUUCGACUCUUGCUCCGGGUUGGCAGGCCUCCUAGGCUGCCAUUUGCUCGCACCCUGUGAGCCCUUCUCCCUCUGGAGGCCUCUCCGCAUCUGCUCCGUUGCGGUCUGCCUCUCCGUCCUCAUCUCUCUGUCUCUUGGGUUUGCCAGACCCUUUUUCUCCCCGGAGCCGUCUGCAGAAGCCGGGACUGGGCACGAGGCAGGGCUGGGACAAUGGCAGUACCCAGGCUGGGCGCAUGGGUAGCACACCUGCUCCUGAUCCUCCUCUCCUUGGGAUCUGGCCUGGACACACUAGAGGUGUGUCCCAGCCUGGACAUCCGCUCGGAGGUGGCCGAGCUGCGCCGUCUGGAGAACUGCAGCGUGGUGGAGGGCCAUCUGCAGAUCCUGCUCAUGUUCACGGCCACCGGCGAGGACUUCCGCGGCCUCAGCUUCCCACGCCUCACUCAGGUCACGGACUACCUGCUCCUCUUCCGCGUCUAUGGCCUGGAGAGCCUGCGGGACCUCUUCCCCAACCUGGCGGUGGUGCGCGGCGCCCGCCUCUUCCUGGGCUACGCACUGGUCAUCUACGAGAUGCCGCACCUGCGGGACGUGGGGCUGCCGGCGCUGGGGGCCGUGCUGCGCGGGGCCGUGCGGGUGGAGAAGAACCAGGAGCUGUGCCACCUCUCCACCAUCGACUGGGGCCUACUGCAGCCCUCACCUGGCGCCAACCACAUUGUGGGCAACAAGCUGCGUGAGGAGUGUGCGGAUGUGUGCCCCGGCGUGCUGGGUGCCACCGGCCAGCCCUGCGCCAGGACCACCUUCAGCGGGCACACCGACUACAGGUGCUGGACCUCCAGCCACUGCCAGAGAGUGUGUCCCUGUCCCCAUGGGCUGGCCUGCACAGCUGGGGGGGAGUGCUGCCACUCCGAAUGCCUAGGGGGCUGCAGCCGACCAGAGGACCCCCGGGCCUGCCUGGCCUGUCGUCACCUCUACUUCCAGGGCGCCUGUCACCGGGCCUGCCCUCCAGGCACCUACCAGCAUGAGUCCUGGCGCUGUGUCACGGCAGAGCGCUGUGCCAGCCUGCGCUCUGUGCCCGGCCGCGCCUCCGCCUUCGGCGUCCACGAGGGCAGCUGCCUGGCCCAGUGCCCCUCGGGCUUCACCCGCAACAGCAGCAGCAUAUUCUGCCACAAGUGUGAGGGGCUGUGCCCCAAAGAGUGCAAGGUGGGCACCAAGACCAUCGACUCCAUCCAGGUGGCACAGGACCUGGCGGGCUGCACCCAUGUGGAGGGGAGCCUCAUCGUCAACCUUCGCCAAGGCUAUAACCUAGAGCCGGAGCUACAGCAAAGCCUGGGGCUCAUCGAGACCAUCACUGGCUUCCUCAAAAUCAAGCACUCCUUUGCCCUCGUGUCCCUGGGCUUUUUCAGGAACCUCAAAUUAAUCCGAGGGGACGCCAUGGUGGAUGGGAACUACACUCUGUACGUGCUGGACAACCAGAACCUACAACAGCUGGGGUCCUGGGUGGCUGCCGGGCUCACCAUUCCCGUGGGCAAGAUCUACUUCGCCUUCAACCCUCGCCUCUGCUUGGAGCACAUCUACCGCCUGGAGGAGGUGACCGGCACUCGGGGACGGCAAAACAAGGCCGAGAUCAACCCCCGAACCAAUGGAGACCGCGCCGCCUGCCAGACUCGCACCCUGCGCUUCGUGUCCAACGUGACGCAGGCCGACAGCAUCUUGCUGCGCUGGGAGCGCUACGAGCCGCUGGAGGCUCGCGACCUGCUCAGCUUCAUCGUGUACUACAAGGAGUCCCCAUUCCAGAACGCCACAGAGCACAUAGGUCCAGACGCCUGUGGGACCCAGAGCUGGAACCUGCUGGAUGUGGAGCUGCCCUUAAGCCGCACCCAGGAACCCGGGGUGACUCUUGCACCCCUCAAGCCUUGGACACAAUAUGCAGUGUUUGUAAGGGCCAUCACACUGACCACCGCUGAGGACAGUCCCCACCAAGGAGCCCAGAGCCCCAUCGUCUACCUCCGAACCCUGCCGGCGGCGCCCACGGUGCCCCAGGACGUCAUCUCCACGUCCAACUCCUCGUCCCACCUGCUGGUGCGCUGGAAGCCGCCGACUCAGCGCAACGGGAACAUCACCUACUACCUGGUGCUGUGGCAGCGUCUGGCGGAGGACGGCGACCUCUACCUCAACGACUACUGCCACCGCGGCUUGCGGCUGCCCACCAGCCACAGCGACCCCCGCUUCGACCGCGAAGACGAGGAGCCGGAAGCCGAGACGGAGCCCGGCUGCUGCCCCUGCCAGCACCCCCCUCCCGGGCAGGUCCUGCCGCCGCUGGAGGCGCAGGAGGCCUCCUUCCAGAAGAAGUUCGAAAACUUUCUGCACAACGCCAUCACCAUCCCCAAAUCCCCCUGGAAGGUGACGUCCAUCCAUAAGAACCCUCACAGGGACUCGGGGAGGCAGCGCCGGGCCGCCGGGGCCCUCCGGCUUGGGGGAAACACCUCGGAUUUCGAGAUCCAGGAGGACAAAGUGCCCCGGGAGCGCGCAGUGUUGAGUGGCCUGCGUCACUUCACGGAAUAUCGCAUAGACAUCCACGCCUGCAACCACGCGGCGCACACCGUGGGCUGCAGCGCCGCCACCUUCGUCUUCGCGCGCACCAUGCCCCACAGAGAAGCCGAUGGCAUCCCAGGGAAGGUGGCCUGGGAGGCGGCCAGCAAAAGCAGUGUCCUCCUGCGCUGGCUGGAGCCACCGGACCCCAACGGACUCAUCCUCAAAUACGAAAUCAAGUACCGCCGCUUGGGAGAGGAGGCCACCGUGCUGUGUGUGUCCCGACUGCGGUACGCCAAGUUCGGGGGCGUCCAGCUGGCCCUGCUACCCCCUGGAAACUACUCUGCCAGAGUCCGGGCAACCUCGCUGGCAGGCAAUGGCUCCUGGACAGAAAGCAUCGCUUUCUAUGUCCCCGGCCCAGAGGAGGAAGACUCCGGGGGGCUGCACGUCCUUCUCACUGUCACCCCCGUGGGGCUCAUGCUGCUCAUCAUUCUUGCUGCCCUUGGUUUCUUCUACGGCAGGAAGAGAAGCAGCACCCUGUAUGCCUCUGUGAAUCCGGAGUACUUCAGCGCCUCUGAGAGUAGGUCCGGGAGUGGCGGGACAGGGGUGUGGGAAGGGGAGGCAGGAGGAGAGGAGAGGCAGGCUCCGGGAGACUUUCUUAGACAAGGCCGCCUUGGGACCCAAGCCUUUCCCAAGAGGAGAGAGGCGGGUGGGGGCGCGGCAGAGGCCGUGUUCCUGCCGCAUGACUCGCACCUCCUCUCAGUGUACGUCCCCGAUGAGUGGGAGGUGCCUCGGGAGCAGAUCUCCAUAAUCCGGGAACUGGGCCAGGGCUCCUUUGGGAUGGUAUACGAGGGGCUGGCACAAGGGCUGGAGGCCGGAGAGGAGUCCACACCCGUGGCCCUGAAGACCGUCAAUGAGCUGGCCAGUCCACGAGAACGCAUCGAGUUCCUCAAGGAAGCCUCUGUCAUGAAGGCAUUCAAGUGUCACCAUGUGGUACGUCUCCUGGGUGUGGUGUCCCAGGGCCAGCCAACUCUGGUCAUCAUGGAGUUAAUGACCCGGGGGGACCUCAAGAGCCAUCUUCGAUCUCUGCGGCCCGAGUCAGAGAACAACCCAGGGCUCCCACGGCCAGCGCUGGGAGAUAUGAUCCAGAUGGCUGGUGAGAUUGCAGAUGGCAUGGCCUACCUUGCUGCCAACAAGUUUGUGCACCGAGAUCUGGCGGCCCGGAACUGCAUGGUGUCCCAGGACUUCACUGUCAAGAUUGGGGGUACAGAUGGUGCCGGGCGGGCAUGGGGCAGCCUGAGGAACAGAGGGACUCUCCCUAAGCUGGGCUGGGAGACUCAGGCCCACCCGACAGCCUGUCCCUCACAGCCUCUCCGUCCAAGGCCAGAGGUCCUGGGGCGGGAUGAUCUCAGGUUGAGCGCUCACAUUUCAGAAUUCUUGGAAGCUAUGGAGGGGGAGAAGGCCAGGAGAGGUAUCCCUGGGCAGGGGCUGGCAUGUGCUUCUGCUGCCCCCAUCCCUGUCCACCCUCACUUUCCAGACUUUGGGAUGACUCGAGACGUGUACGAAACUGACUAUUACCGCAAGGGUGGGAAGGGGCUGCUGCCCGUGCGCUGGAUGGCCCCCGAGUCCCUCAAAGAUGGAAUCUUCACUACGCACUCGGAUGUCUGGUGGGGGCUGGCUGGAGCAGAGGGUUUGGGGGAUGUGGAGGUGGGGUCCGGGAUGAGGCCUGGAUGUGCUGAGCAGCGUGCAAGGUGCUGGGCUCAAGCCCUUCUGCGUGUCCUCCAGGUCCUUCGGUGUGGUGCUCUGGGAGAUCGUGACCUUGGCCGAACAGCCCUACCAGGGCUUAUCCAACGAGCAGGUGCUCAAGUUUGUCAUGGAUGGUGGGGUCCUGGAGGAGCUGGAGAGCUGUCCCCUUCAGCUGCAGGAGCUGAUGCGCCGCUGUUGGCAGCAGAGCCCGCGCCUGCGACCCGCCUUCACCCACAUCCUGGACAGCAUCCGGGGCGAGCUGCGGCCUUCCUUCCGUCUCUUUUCCUUCUACUACAGUCCAGAGUGCCGGGCGGCCCGCGGGGCGCUGCCGCCUGAUGUCAAACCUGACUCUCUGCCCAACCCAGAAGAGGCUUCCUCAGGCUGCCGCCCCCAAAAUGGGGGUCCGGGGCACUGAGGGGCACCGUAUUCCCCGGAUGACUGGCGGAGAGGAAGGGUCCUGACCUUUGUGGCCAUGAAGUGUGCAGACAUUCACACCCCAUCCCAUGCUCAGAAAGGCCAGGGGGUGCCCCGGCUGCACGAGGGGGCGGGAGAGGAAAGAUGGGGUGAGGGGCUCAGAGCGGACUCGCCCUUAAGGAGUCCAGAGACUUUCAAGAUUUCUUCGGGAGUCUGAGUUCUCCACGAGAAAGUGAACAAGGUCCCAGCCCGAGUGGAGGAGAGGCCCCGGCCCUCAGAGAGGAGGCCCUACUCAGACGGGGCUCACCCACCCGGAAGGUGGGGUCCAGAGAACCCCAGCCUCAGCUUUAGGUCUCCUGUGGACAUGUGGCGCCCUCCGCACACUGGAAACCAGCAGAGCAGCCCGCUUCAGGCCUCCCUGUCCUUGUCUGGAAUGCUGGGGGUGGGGUGUCUCGCAGCCCCCCUCUGCCCCACAUCAGGUGCUGUGGGGGGAACCCAGAGACCUGGGUGAGCAGAGGUCCCAGCCCAGCCGGGUAGCUUGCCCGCCCCCUUCCUCUCCUUCGCUGAACCCAGGAACCCCCCAGAUUGGUGCUCCUCCUCCCUCGUCCCCAGGCACAUGCCUCCGUGCAGUUUCCCCGCUUCUCGAAGGCCCUUCCCCUCCACCUCCCUCCCCCUUGGGUGACUGGGGCUUCAAGAGCCUUGCUUCCUCCCUGCCCUCGCUCCUGCGCGGCACCCCUGCCUCUCACGGGAAGGCUGGAGAAAACGCAAUAAAUGCGGGUCUCUUUGUGCCCUGGCCCCGGACAGCC